UCCAUCCUCCCUCUGCCUGGCGCCUGCAGUGGCACAUGUGUCUUUUUAGAGGUAAUAGGUUUCAGGGGAGGAGGAUUGUUCAUCUCAUUAAUCUGGUGUCUCACACACAAUCAAAUCCCUGAUGCUCAUUUGUCAUGCUCGGCUGGUCAUGCCCUACAGGAAAUGAUUGUGGGAAAGAACAUUAAAUGACCCCCUUGUGUGGAUAAUCUUGUUUUAUGCUUCUGAUGACUUUGGAAGGAAGAUACGUUUUUGUUGUUAUUUUGAUGGAAUUAAAUCAUUAUUAUUGCAUGAUGAAACAGACAAUCAAAUGAGUAUUUCCUUAUUUCUCUUGAGUGUAAACAAUGCUAUCCAUACACUAAUGAUAACAGCCUCCUAGUGUUCCAGGGCAUAUUUGACUGAGGAACCCAGAUCCUCCCACCCUCUAUCAAUUCUUUAUUGCUUUUCUUGUCUCUGUUUACACUGUGGCUGCUGUGUCAGGAUCACUGCUGUGCCAUCUUGAUUACUUUAGGCUUUGCUGUCCAACCUUGACUGUUUAUGGUAGCACCAUUCUUCUCCUUUCUUUUAAAAUUGUUUACUUUCCGGCCAUGAAUAAUGUUUAUCUCCACUUACCGAAACAACCACAUAUAAUAGCUUGAGUUAAGACGCGCUGAAUGAGUUCCUCUGGCAGUGACAGUCCCACUCUGAUCCUGUUUCUUCUAUCUUCUCUCAGGCUUGACAGCAGUCUACUGGAGGUCCUACAGAUGGACUUUGAGGUGGAGGAGCAGAGCAGCCAAUCAGACAGCCAGGUGAUCACAUGGCGCCUGGAGUUGCCCGCAGACACCAGGGAUGGGGGGAAGGAGGGUUCCAUGAGGAUCUACACCACCCAGAGAGACUUUGUGGGCCUGGCCACACUCGUCAUGGACACAGAGAUCCUGAACACGGCGGUGCUGACUGGGAAGAAGGUGGUGUUGCCUGUCAGGACUGUGGCUGUGGAGGAGGACGGGUCAGUCACUGACGUCUCAGACUUCACCAACUGCAGCUCCACUGACGAGGACAUCCUGAAGGUGUCAGACAGGUGUGACUACGUGUUUGUGAAUGGGAAGGAGAUGAAGGGCAAGGUGAGGAUGAUGGUGAACUUCACCUACAGCUACCUGAGUGCCCAGCUGGAGAUGAACGUGUGGAUCCCACGGCUGCCCCUCCAGAUCGAGGUGUCUGACACAGAGCUCAGCCAAAUCAAGGGAUGGAGGGUGCCCAUCAUGACCAGCAAGAGGCUCAGCUGGAACAGUGAUGAGGAGGAUAAGAAGGGUAAAGGCUGCAUGUUGCAGUUCCAGCAUGCCCUUGUGCGUGUGAUCACACACUUCAUAGCCAAGCAGUCGGACCCCCGGGAGCCCCAGGUCUACUUUCUGGGCUCAGACUGGCAGGUGGACGUCACCAGGCUUGUGCGCCAUUUCCUCAAGGUGGAGGACCCUCGCAUCGCCAGACUGCAGGCAGGCAGGGUGCUGUCAGGACAAGACAUGGGGACCACCUCCGUCCAGGUGUUCUCCCCCCUCUCUGACUCCAUCCUGGCAGAGAAGACGGUGACGGUAGUGAAUAACAAAGUAACCAUCACAGAGCUGGGGGUGCAGCUGGUCACCGGCCUGGCUCUGUCCCUGCAGCUCAGCCCAGGAAGCAACAGGGCCAUCCUCGCCACGGCAACCAUACAGGAAGUGCUGCAGAGCCCCAAACAGGAGGCUGUGGUUAGUUCCUGGGUCCAGUUCAGCGAUGGCUCCCUGACACCUCUGGACAUUUAUGACCCAGCCUACUACCGUGUGACACUGACCUCUCUGGACCAGGGCGUGGUUUCGGUGCAGGGCUCCCCGCCUGCAGUGGUGGCGGAGGGCGAGGGACAGGGUGUGCUGGUCAGGGUGGAGAUGGCCAUCUGUGAGGCUUGCCAGAAGUCCAAACGGAAGAGCUCGCUGGCCGUGGGCAGCGUCAGCCUCAAGGUCAAGUUCCAGGUCAACAGCCGGCGCUUUUCCAGCAAUAGUAGCAGCAACAGUAGCAGCAGUAGUGGAGGUGGGGUUGGCAGUGGCAGCAGUAAGGACAGCAGCAGUGACUAUGGGAAUGAUGGGGAGGAGGUGGACAGUGAGAGGAAGCAGCAGCAGCCCCAGCAGCCCCUGCCCAGCAGCUCAGCCUCAGAGCGGGAGGAGAGCGCCAUGCGCAAGGUCUCCACAACAGCCAAAUCCAGUGAGUCAGACGCCGCUCCGGGGAGCAUGUCCAGCGGUGGCAGCAGCCAGGGCGGAAUGGCCAGGGCGAGUGAAUCAGGAAGCUUCUUAAAUGCUGCAACCAUCAACAGUCCUGCCAACCCCAUCAAUGACAGUGAUGUUAGCAGCCCUAGUGACUAUGGCACAGCUGAGGGGACAGACAAUGGGCUAAUUGUAGGUAUAGGUAGUGUUGCAGUCAGUAGCACUGUGAAGACACUUGGUAACCUGAUCAACUACAAUAACUUCCCCUCUCAGGUGGAGGUGCCUGACAAGGAGCAAGUCGAGAUGGACAUGGGCAAUGAGGAUAUGCUGUCUAACCGGCCUCUCUCAGACUUGGAGAUCGGCAUGUACGCUCUGCUGGGGGUCUUCUGCCUGGCCAUCCUGGUCUUCUUGGUGAACUGCAUCUCUUACGUAGUAAAGUUCAGGCACAAACAUCCCUCCUCUCAUGGCCAGGAGCCCACGGGGCACAGGCACGACUGGGUGUGGCUGGGCACUGAUGCAGAGCUGGUGAUGAACGUGCCUGGCACUCCCCUCCAGCAAGACGACCACAGCACCACAACAGUCAUAGACAUUGGGCCUGAUAAGAUUGCCUCUCUGCCCAGGCAGCCCAGCUGCCUAGCCCCCUCCAGACCCUCCUCUCCUUUGGUCUGUGGGGGCUCCCUCGGGGCCAAGCCCAUGAACCGCACUGAGUCCCUCCACUCCCCCACAAGCAAGAGGAAGAGGGUCCAGUUCACCACCUUUGCCUCUCUGGACCGUGAGCACUCCCCACACCUCCCCAGAGAGAACGGCCAUGGCAUCCACUGGGUGGGGAAGGAGGAGAACUAUGUUGAACCCCAAGUGCCCAUCACAGAACCUGUGGACAAUUUAUAAUACAUAAAGGGUCCGUUUCACCCCAACUGUGGGUGUGUAUGUGGCGUUGAUUGCCUCAAUGCCUUUAUUUAUGGAUAAAAGUAGACACAACAUAAUGAGCAUCACCACAAGUGGUUAUACUUAUUCAUUAUCUGUGGUUAGUUUUAAAUAUCUGUCAAGGCGUCUUACAUGUAAAUAUCUCAAAUGCUUUGUGAGAGACAUUUUUUAUAUUCGAUAUUAGAGAAAACACUGUGAAUACAUGUGAGGAUGCUUCUCAUCAACCUACUGAUGGCACUUUGUGUGGUGGAGAGGAUAAAACGUUUGACUCAGGCCAGUUGAAAUAUAUUUUUUUACAAAAAAACACAGAGGGUCUUGUUGCAUGUGAAAAAUGUAAUUAUCUUACCUUUUACACUCACAUGGUGGUACCCCCUAAAGCAGGGAUCAUCAACUAGAUUCAGCCACCGGCCAAUUCUUUUCUUUGUAGACUGCAAAUUGACCGCAAGAAGCCAAAACAGAUAUAGUACUUGACUAUAGCAUAAUAAUUUCAAACCUUGCUUACAUUUGUACACAAUCACAUACACUACAUGACCACUCGUCAAACAUCUCAUUCUAAAAUCAUGGGAAUUAAUAUGGAGUUGGUCCCC